CCCGUCAAUAUAUAAUCUUCUUAUACCCAAAAAACAAAAAAGAGCAGUAUAUUUUCAUACGGGAAAGAGAAAAGUGUAUACAAAAAUAAUUAACAAUCCAAAAUCCAACGGUUGAGUCGUUGAAUCGGUGUAACGCCCGAACUUUGAGCAGUAACCUCACCAAGGUUUCUACCACCUUGUGUCAGUGAGCGUUUUGUUUUUCAACAUAGAAAAAAAAAAAAAACAACGGUGUGGUAUCGCGUAUCGAACUUGUUUUAUUUUGAAUAAUAUCGCAAGUGUCAUUAUACGCGAAUAUAUAUUGAUGAACUCGGGUUGAUCAAACAAAUAAGUGCGUUAGAUAAAUGAAAAAAUAUUGACUUUGAAUGUGGCGAAUUUUUUUGCGUUCCGACGUAGAGGCACCAAUCUGACAGUUGGUUCAUACCGCAUACGUUUUUUGUUAAUUUCAAUUCGACGUCUCUUCGUGAUUCUAACGAUUUUUGGAACGUUAUGACUCGAAAGACUAUCUCAAAACAAUAGAAUUCACUUUUUUUUUGUUUAUUUAUUUAUUUUUUUUUUUUUCACAAAAUCUUGAGGCUCAUAUAGCAGCUCGAAGCUCAUAGUUCGGCAGCCUUAAUUAACAAAAUAUUGUAAAAAAAGCCAAAGGAGUUUGAAAAAAUGUCGAAGAAUAAAUUAAAUCUGACACUGCCGCCGGGCUCUAUAGAGCCGGUACCGGUCGUGUCACCUUCUCCGCCGGUUCAACCCCUCGCAACGUAUGCCGAGCCGCCUGUUAUACAAGACAGAGUCAUGGGUAAAAUGAGCAUCGACGCCAUACAAGAAAGACUGGAAGAAUUGGAAAUGGACGAGGAACAGCGCAAGAGACUCGAGAGCUUCUUGGGUCAAAAAGAAAAAGUUGGAGAAUUCGGAGCUGGAAACGGCGGUGUUGUAACGAAAGUGAGGCAUAAAAAGUAUGGCCUUAUCAUGGCUAGAAAGCUGAUUCAUCUGGAAGUCAAGCCGGCUAUAAAGAAACAAAUUAUUCGUGAACUGAAAGUACUCCACGAGUGUAACUUUGCCCAUAUUGUUGGAUUUUACGGAGCUUUUCACAGCGACGGAGAAAUUAGCAUAUGCAUGGAAUACAUAAUUGAGCGCUCUUUGUGUCAAAUUAUAAAAAAAAAAAACCUUGUCUUGUCUUUCAUUUGUUUAUCUCUCUGCUUAAUAAUCUCUGUGUUCAAGGUGCUGAAAGGUUUGAGUUAUUUGCGAGACAAACAUUCGAUUAUGCAUCGCGAUGUUAAAGCGAGUAACAUACUCGUCAAUAGCGCUGGUGAAAUAAAAAUCUGUGAUUUUGGAGUUUCUGGACAGUUGAUCGAUUCAAUGGCCAACUCUUUUGUUGGCACGAGGAGUUAUAUGUCGCCAGAAAGAUUGCAGGGCACCCAUUAUUCUGUUCAAAGUGACAUUUGGUCGUUGGGACUGUCGCUUGUAGAAAUGGCGAUUGGAAUGUAUCCUAUAUCAUCGACACCACCACCACCACCACCACCACCACCGCCACCGCCACCGCAGCCACCCAUCACCAACACCGUCAACAAUGUAUCUACGCCGACCUCGCAAUCACCCGCACACAACGCUGGUAGUCCCAGACCAAUGGCAAUUUUCGAAUUGCUCGAUUACAUCGUAAAUGAGCCGCCACCGAGGCUGCCACCGGGAAUUUUUACUGACUCUUUUAUGGACUUUGUCGAUCGCUGUUUGAAGAAGAAUCCAGCAGAGCGAGCUGAUUUAAAAACACUGAUGAAUCACGAGUGGAUAAAGAAGGCCGAAAUGGAGAACGUCGACAUCGCUGGAUGGGUUUGUCGAACUAUGGAUCUGCAACCGACCACUCCGACCCGUCCGGAGAACGUACAGUCUUGAAUAAAUGUCACUCUUACAUACUUGACCACGUACAUACGCGUUCAAAACUCCUGAGUCACUUUUCGUUAGGAAUAUAUACGUAUCAUACGUAUAUUUCGAAUAUGUUGUUGUUGUUUUUUUAUAUAGGGGAACAUGGGGCAAAGUGGCCACAUGGGGCAAAGUGGCCAUCCACUUUUUUGGGGCAUUUUUGAAUUCUGGGGCAAAGUGGCGACUCACGCAAUUCCGAUUUCUGGCGGGGCUCAGGUUCAGUGAGAAUUCUAUGUUUUUUGAGAAAUUGAUAGCUAUUUGAGGCAGAGGGUGAGAAUCAUUUUGCGAAUUACUGAUAAAUGUCUAUUUUAUUUUAAUUGACAAAAAUCGUACUUAUAAUGGACUUCAUCUUCAUCAACACCUGCACACAAGGUGUGCGCCCAUUUUAGGCAUGUUUCGCAGCGAAUUCAAUCUUUGGAGGAAUGCGAAUAAAGUUGAUCGCAGAAAAUACACGCAACGUCCGCCGCAGACAAGAAUUUUUCUUUUUUGAUGAUCUCUUUUUUCUUACUCACUAGAUUUGCGCGAUACGACGGACUCGUGACAAUGGCGGUUUUCCCACGAUUUGCCCCCGAUAAGAACGGGCUUUUGCCACUGGUAAUGGCAAAAUUUAUCCAAGUAUUCCGACUAAUUCUUUUUUCAUCCCAUCGAAGGAGGGUACCUACUAUGCCUCGUUUCUUUUCGGUUUAUCGCGGCCUUCAAUGUUCCAUGCGGGAACAGUCUAUUACAACGUCUAUUUAACCAGAAGUGACAAUUAUCGAUUUUCACCGCAUUCGAGAGGGUGGCCACUUUGCCCCAAAAAAUUUUCUCGAUCAAAUAAGGAAAAAGAGGAUGAACAAAGAGUUUUAAGACUCAACAAUAGUCGAAAGAUCAUUUAUUAUCUGAUAAAGUGGGCUGGAUAUUCAUUUUCGGCAUGAAAAAAAAUUUGGCAAAAUUUAUCGAAGUAUUCUGACUAAUUUUUUUUUCAUCCUAUCGAAGGAGGGUUCGUACUAUGCCUCGUUUCUUUUCGUUUUAUCGCAUCCUUCAAUGUUCCAUGCGAGAACAGUCAAUUCCAACGUCUAUUUAACGAGAAGUGACAAUUAUCGAUUUUCACCGCAUUCGAGGGGGUGGCCACUUUGCCCCAAAAAUUUUUUUUUUCAAAAUUCGAGCAAUAAGGAGGUGGAAUCAGUUUGGGGACAUAAAAAUAAGUAAAUGACCAUGUGCUACCCGACAAAACUCGUUAAAUUCCUUAAGUGGGCCACUUUGCCCCAUACUCCCCUAUAUAAUAAUCGGUUAGUCCAUUAUUGUUUUCCUCGUAAAGUGGCGGCGUUAGCUGUUUCCGUUGUUGAAAUAUCUCUAUCCUUGGACUGGUGAACGUGAAAUGUACACGGGGGAACGCGUAAAAUGCUGGCAUCAAUUCCAAUUGAGUCGUUCUCGAUAGCGACGAUCCCGAAGGACAAAAAAAAAAGAGAGAGAAAGAGAGGAAAAUAAGUUAAUCGACGGAUCGAAGGAUCCUAUAGUUGCAAAGUAAUAAAAUUAAUCGAGUAACUCGAGUGUGUUGAAACGGGCAUUGUGAAUAACUCGCGAUGUAAUAAAAAUUUUGCGAAAAAUGUGAUUCGCGCGACGUCACGCCACCACUACUACUCUUCAUCAUAGAUUCAUUCACCCGAUCAUUAUCAUUAUUUGUUUUUGUUUACUUAAUCAUCUCUCAUCAGUUUCCUUUGAAAAGUAUGUAAGACAAUGUGAAAGCAAGAUAACACACACACACACACACACACACACACACACACACACACACACGGUGAGAAGAGUUAUAGCGUCGUACAUUACGUACAUUUAGAUAUUGUUAUAAGAAUAAAGAAACCGCGCGCGCGCGCAUGCCCACGAUGUAUGUAUUUCCUGGGAUAAGAAUUAGGAUAUCGAUAGAGAAAAAAAAUGCAAACGUACAUUUAAUACAAUUAUGAUACGAGCAUAUGCAUAUAGGCAUAAAUUAAAAAACAACAACAGACAAUUAUUCGACGCGAUUUAUUUAUUUAUUAUACGAGGAUUUGUACCUGAAGAUGUCCAACGUUUUUUAAACAUGUUUUAUCAUUUCAGUCACACCCGGCUUAAAUCUUUUAUGCCGCGCAUAGAUAUAUAUAUAUAUAUAUAGGUACAUAUACGUAUAUCUAUCGAUAAUAAUACAAAUACUCGAAAUUCAUGCGGAUAAUUGGGGUAAUUCGCCCACUAACGAUACACACCGGGGAUGAUACCUUUCGAAAGAUUUCUCUAGCAAACGUUUCAAACGUCGAAUAAAAUUACUUUAAUCCCCAUCAUUUAUAGACCGUUGUAGAUUUAUUUUAUUUUUCAUCGUAUAUACUAGUUCCUCGCAUCCGUAUCUCGGACCACAUACAUAUACGCAUAUAUAUAUGUAUAUAUACUCUAUGAACCGGACGAUAAUUUCAAGUUUGUUAUUCCGCAUAGUGAUAAUAUUAAGAUUAAACUUUUUCAAGAUCCUUCAGUUUGAAAAUUUUAUUUGAGGAGUUUUCCGUGGCCAAAACUCGAAAUAUUCAAUUAUUUUUUUUUUUACUCCUCUUUGUUGUUUAUUUUCAAAUCGUUUUUUUUCUUUCUUUCCUUCGCGGUGCGUCACGAAACACGUUUUAUAUUGAUACAUUUGCUUUUGAAAAUGUUCGUUUUCCGCGAGUAUCAAAUUUCGUCUGAUGAACGCUUAAAAACGAUUAUAAUGACAAUCUUUGAGGAGAGAAAAAACUUGAAAUAAAUAUUUCUCAACAUUCGCAUGAUUAAUCGCUAAUUUGCCAAACGAUAGUUUGCUGCAUUUUUUAGUACAAACUUGAGGCAAAUUGUUUUAAAAAAUUUUUCUCUUUGGGCGUUGAAUAUACACGAUUAAAACCAAUAACGCGGUCACACAGUCUUUCCCGAGUAAAAAUAUAGCCCAUCAGUUUUAGCGAAUCAACAUCGCGUUGUAGUGUAAAAAUUAAUAAAGCUACCGUUGAACAAAUGGAAAAAAAAAGUUGAGUCUCUUGUUCACAUGAGAGAAUACCAUAAAAAUAUUAGCUUUUUUUUUAUAUCGUCGCGAUUCUUAAUCUCAAGUGCUAUAUGUGGAAAGAAGCAACAGAAAAAAAAGGGAAAAUGUUAUGUGCAGCAUUUCGUGAUUUCCCGGUUCUCGCUGCAAUCACUGCCUUCAUUCUUCUGCGUGCAUAUUUCAAUAGAUUUUAAACAGUUUUUUUCUCGAGCACAAGUUUGUACUCCAUGUAUAUGUUUAAUUUUUGCAGUCUGCUCGAAUAAUUUCAUCGCCAACUGCGUUCAAUAUAGUUGGCUGAGUCGGCUUUCGGUCUCUGCUAUGUAUAUUUGUGAUUACCGAGUUCUCGUGAAACGUGUCCUCUGCCGAUUGACAUUCACAUAUGAUAAUGAAAAAAUAGAGACACGAUAAACGAGAUCAAUACCCCGCACGCUGCACUUUUGAAUUGAACGAACUAAUAAUUUGCGAAUGAAAGGUACUUAACGAAUGUUAUGAUUCGAUAGAGGGAAUUGCGACAUACCAUCCAUCUUUUGUCAUUUAAGCAGAUAAUGAAAAUCUACAUUUUUUUUAUUUCUUAAUAAAAUUAGUUUAUAAAAACAAAAUAUAUUUUGUUGUUCAAACAUUCAAUAAUAUUCUCGUGGUUGAGUUUUAUCUAAAAAUAAAUAAUAGUCCAUAGUUUAUAUGUCAUCUAUUGUCAUACAAUGAUGAUGAAUAAUUAUUAUUGCAUAUGCGGGAAGCAUCAGCGAUUGAAUAUUUUCCUAAAGCAAGAAACACAGUACAUUUGCAAUGAAACCUACUUAAAUUUGAAAGAACAAAAAAAUAAAUAAAUAAAUGGACGAAGAAAAAAAUUGAUGAUGGUCGUAAUACUGCGGACUUGGGCUAAUUUUUAUUCUAAAUAUAAAUGAAUUUUGAGUGACAUUUGCGCACAAUUUCUACAACCCUCGUGGUGAUCAAUUUAUUGUAAUGUCGUCCGAUUUUUAUUAGAUGAGUAGUAUGGAAGAAAAAGAUAUUUUCUAAACAAUUAUAUGGAAACGCGAUGGGUCCUGUUAAGAGUCAGUGGUGGGAAGCGGCGGCAGUGACAACGACGACGAUGACGACUCAUAAUUGUACUUGUCUAAAUAAAAUUUAAGGGCCUAUACAAAUUUCGCAUUGUAUUGUUGGACCGAACCGCGGAUGAAGCUGAUUGACCACGGUUACCCCCCCCCCCCCCCGUGGUCGCGUCGAGUCAAUUUUUUCAAUUGAUCCAUACUACGAAAAGCGAGGUUCAAAUUGUAAUAAAAAAAAAAAAACGUCUUCAACCAUGGGUUGACGAAUUCGAUAUUCGAAAUUCGGAAUAUGGGAAAAAAAAAGAUGGAACAUGUUGGAAGAAUAGUUCAAUUUUCACGCAGUUUAAAGGGAGAAAAAGAAUUUUGUACUUUGCGUGUGUCGUCGAAUUUUUGUUUUUUUUUUACGAAAAUAGGUUACAAAACCUACAGCACUAAUUGAAAAUUCAACUGAUUAAUCAAUUUUUGAAUAUUUUAUAAACCUUUCAUCGAGUGCCCAUUCCGAGAUCAAUUUUUGAAUAAUUAAAAAUAUUUCAAUUUACUUUAAAUUAUUCAAUCAUUGGCAAUUCGUCAAAAUCGAUAAGCCUUUUUGUUUAUUUUUUGUUUUUCUUUGCGAAUUUUUAAUGAAAUAAUAUUAUUGCAUUAAAAAAUGCUGCACAGUUGCUAAUUCCGCUGUAAUGCAAAAAGUCUAUAGGGAGUAGUAGCCAGGUUUUGCAGCAGCCUUCUCUUCCGACUUAUUGGCUUGAAAAAAAACUUAUCGGUUCAUGUACUCAAACUGCAAUAUGUGAUCUUUUGUUCGUUUCUUGAAAGAAAAGAAAAAAAAAUGCCCGAGCUGUGUAACGUCCAAAUUUAUUUUGACAUAUUGCGUAUUCGGUCUUUUUGGAAAUUUGGUUUUUCAAAAAUUUCAAUAAACAUAUGUACGAGUUGUUUUUGUUUUCGAGAUAGAGAAAUCAUUUGUUUGAAAUUUGCGGACGAAUAUUGAAGAAAAAUAAUUGUAGUAUCGAUAAGAGAGUCUAUAUAUGUGAUUGCGCAAUUGUAUGAAAAUAUCGUUCAUGUGUUAUAUAUCGAUCAGAAUAAAGUAUAUUAAAUCAA